CCCCCCCCCCGCCUCGCCUCGCCGGAAGCAAUGGAGCAGUUCCACGACGGGCGCCACGUGUGGCUGCGGAACAGCGCGUUCGGCCUGUACCUCCACUCCGACGAGGACGGGAAAGGUGUCCUCCUGCACCGGGACCGCGCGUGCUUCCACGCGGCGUGGGCGGUGCACAUACACCGCCUCGACGGCGGCGACGUCCUCAUGCUCCACAACGCCGCAAAUGGGCGGUACCUCGCGGCCACGGCCUGGUGGGCGGCGGCGAACGUCGUCAACCUGCGCGACCUCAACGAACUGCCGUCGCUCACCGUCGGCUGGAUCGCCAUCAGGGCCGGAGGCGGGGACGACGUCCUGCUGCGUCACAGCAGCGGGCGCUUCCUUCGAGCUAACGUCAGCAGGAAUCCCUUCAGCUAUGGCGUCAACGUCUGCGUCUACUCGUUCGACAGCCCCAGCUUGAUGAGGCACUGGGAGGUUACCGCCAUUCCCCCGAGAGAUUCCAUACCUCGCCUUCCACGUCCUUCUUCGUCCAGACCUUGCAUCAAUCUGCGUCGCAUCUCGUUCGUGCGACUAUCUUAUGAUGAUCAUGCCUGGAGAAAGAUCUGGUUCAUUGGGAAUUCUGUUUUCUGUUUAUGGAACCAGCUGGCGGAACGUAUGGGAAACGAACUGGACCCCAACUCCAUUAUUUGUGUUCGAGCGGGCAACUUUGGACGGCUAACUCCUCUGGUGACCGAUCUGCCUCGCAACAAUCUGAAAAUGGAUGUCAUCUUUCUCGUACCUGAUGCAAUAGGUGUUCUUGGGUUGACAUGCCCCAACGUUGAUGCCACCUAGAGGAAUACAGCACUGUAGGAGCAGAACCUCUGACAGACACUUCAUUCAUCUCUUCAGAAAUUUUUCCUGCUUCAGAUCGAAUGCCAGAGAACUGGAUGUCUUCUUUUUUCUCUUUGUUGAUGUAGGCUCUUGAAGGGAAACCCUUCUGUUUCCCGGUUGUUAAUUAGCUAUUGGCCACUAUGCUAAGAGGUUUACAAACUGCUAUAAGCAACUAGUAAGUGGAACCAUUGCACAUUGUGAAACUGUGAAACUUGCUGUAGUUUCCAUGGAUAUGUAUACGAUAGGAGUUAAUAUCAUCCAUACAUGUGCAGAAUGAAACGUUAUGCUGAAAUCCGAAUACAAG